AUGAAUGCAUUCAAUCGCAAUACAUGUCUUGAGGAUACUCGGGUCGAAGUGCUGAAUGAAAUUAUGGAUUGGCUAUUAUCGGACACUUCUCAGAACAUCUUGUGGCUUCACGGCGUUGCCGGAUCUGGCAAAAGCACUAUUGCUACAACCGUUGCAGAAUAUUGCCGAGAUAUAUCACGGCUUGGCGCCUUCAUUUUCUUCAGGCGAGCCGACGGAACCGAAGGCCAACUUGUUUCAUUAUUCCGAACAAUUGCAUUCCGGCUGGUGAAGUUUGAUUCGUGUAUUGCAACACGCGUCAAAGCCGCUGUCAAGAAGAAUGAUCAUAUCACUGAGGCUGUUGCUGGAGUGCAGUUCAAGAGGCUUCUUUUGGAGCCGCUCACUGCAGCACGAGACGAGAUACGAGGCCCGGUUGUGAUUGUCCUCGAUGCCUUGGACGAAUGUGGUACGCCCGAGGCUCGACGGCACUUGAUGUUGCUCCUCAGACGGGAGUUUGGGAAGCUGCCUCCUAAUUUCCGAUUCCUCAUUACAAGCAGACCCGAGGCUGACAUCAAUGGAGCAUUAUCACCAAAUGCAAAUAAUUCUGUACACGAACUUGCUUUAGACUCGGGUUCUGAAAACAGUCAACGAGAUGUUCUGCGCUAUAUUGAUCACGAGAUAAGCAUCAUUUUCGAGGAUGCAGGGCUCGAGAUGCCGGAUGCCUGGAGUAUGUAUAGGAAGCGACUGGCAGACGGUUCACAGGGUCUAUUCAUUUGGGCGUCGACAGCAAUUAAGCUAAUUAAGGAUAACCCUAGCCCAUUCGAAGGACUUGAGGGUAUUGUUGGGAAGUCGCAUCUGCUAAGUGGUCUAGAACAGCUGUACGAGUCCGUCCUUAGGAGCUCUGGAGUCAUUUCGGAUCACUACCCUUCAUCUAUUACCCGUUUCUCUCAAAUCCUUGGUCUCAUCCUAUUGAGCAAUACACCAUUGUCAGACAUCACAAUCGAUGCAAUCCUAAGGUUAUCACCUACUAAUUCAUCACGCUUAAUCCUUUCGAAGUUGCGGAGUGUAAUCGCAUUCAUCCCUGGACAACCUGUUCAUCUCUUCCAUACAUCGUUCGCAGACUAUCUCUUGUCGACCCCGUGCCCCAAAUCUUGCUGUAUUCAUCAGACACCCUCUGAGUGUCUAUCCGGUCCGUGGUUUAUCGAUAAAUUGUCCCAGCAAACGCACAUCGCCACGCGAUGCUUUAUUGUCAUGAAGGACAUGCUUCAUUUUAACAUGUGCAAUCUUGAAUCGUCCUUCACGUACAAUAAGGAUGUCGUUGGGUUCAAGGGACGUGUCAUUGACAAGAUUCCUCUGCAUUUGCAAUACGCAUGCAAAUUCUGGGCUCUGCACCUUACCGAGUCACAAUACUCUUGUAAAUUAUCAGAUGAACUAACGGAGUUCGCUCAAAAGCGGCUGCUGUACUGGUUCGAGGCGGUUGGCUUGCUAGGUCAAGCUGGUAGAAUCGCGAGUCGAGCACUCCUAGAUGCCGCUUUGUGGUCGGAGAUACAUAAUUCAGGCAUUUCUUCAUUUCUAAAGGAUGCUAGCAGACUCACUUCCACAUUUUCCAUGUCCAUGACCGAAUGCACCCCGCAUAUAUACGUCUCCAUGCUCCCGCUCAUGAAGGGAGAAUCGCAGGUCGCCGCCCAUUAUUCAAAGCAGACAUCUCGGAUGGUAGAGGUGCAUCGAAUAGGUACAAAACGGCCACCGCUGUGGUUGAAAGUAUUGGAGGGGCAUUCGGACAUUGUUUGGUCUGUUGCUGUCUCACCUGACGGGAAGCAUGUCGUUUCGGGAUCCAACGACGGGACAGUCAGAAUCUGGGAUAUUGAGAGUGGUGAGACAGCAUACCAUCUUUUCAAGGAGAAUCGAGCCGCCGUUACUGGUGUCGCAUUCUCGACAGAUGGCCGUUGCAUUGUUUCCGGAUGCUUGGACGCAACAGUCAGCGUUUGGGACAUCGAGUUGGGCAAGGUGGUCUCUGGGCCGUUUGAAGGCCAUACUGGUGGUGUAUGGGCCGUUGCAUUUUCACCUACGGGAACACAAGUUGCUUCGGGCUCACAAGACACAACUAUUAGAGUCUGGGGCAUUGAGAACAGGCCUACAGUCAAAGUACUCAAAGGACAUACGAAAGUCGUCCGUUCUGUCGUGUUCUCGCCUGAUGGGAAACGAAUCGUUUCGGGUUCAUGGGAUAUGACACUUCGAGUCUGGGACACGGAAACAGGGCAAACUAUUAGCGAGCCUUUUGUAGGACAUACCGACAAAAUCUACACUGUGGCAAUCUCGCCCGACGCUAGGCAUAUCGUUUCUGGCUCUAAUGAUCGUUCGUUGAGAAUUUGGGACAUGGAGAGCAAGGGUGCCGUCGGAGACCCGCUUUAUCAUUCAGGUAGUGUCAUGUCUAUUGCAUUUUCGCCUGAUGGGAAGCGUAUCCUGUCAGGCUGUGCAGAUGACUCAAUUGUUGUCUGGGACAUGGACGACGGUGAAGUUGUUUCCGGCCCCUUUGCUGGUCACGGAGACAGUGUUCGCUCUGUUGCAUUUACCCCUGAUGGAUUGCGCUUUAUCUCAGGAUCAUUGGAUCAUACUGUCAGAGUUUGGAACGCGUCGAUUGGCAAAAUUGGCGUUGACUCUUCUACCAGACACACAGGCGUCGUCUUUUCUGUCAUUUUCUCCCCGAAUGGUAGGUACAUAGCGUCAGGCUCUCGAGAUAAAACUAUUCGACUCUGGGACGUCAGUACUGGAGAACAAGCUACUACACCGUUUGAGGGACAUACACAUGAUGUCAAUUCCGUAGCGUUUUCACCUGACAGUCAACGACUUGUCUCUGGUUCGGCUGACAGGACUGUUAUUGUCUGGGAUGUAGAGAGAGGUGAGAUGGCAUUUAAGCCACUCAAAGGGCACACGGAUACGGUUAUUUCAGUCGCCUACUCUCCUGAUGGCGUACGUAUUGUCUCAGGUUCAUUUGACAGAACCAUUAUUAUUUGGGACGCCGACAAUGGACACUUGACUAUUCAAUCCGAACAAGUCCACAAAACCAAUAUCCGCACUGUUGCCUUCUCACCAAAUGGCACUCUUAUAGCAUCGGCAUCUGUCGACAACGACGUUAUUCUCUGGAACGCCGAAAACGUGCGGAGUGGACAGAUUGUCUGUGGACCCUUGAAGGGGCAUGUUAAUACUGUAAUGUCUAUUGCAUUUUCACCCGACGGGAGAUACGUUGUUUCCGGGUCGUACGAUCGGACACUCAUAAUUCGGGACGCAAGCAAUGGGAAUGUUAUUUCUAGGCCAUACGAAGGACACUCUAGUAGCAUUACCGGCGUUGCCUUCUCACCGGACAGUUCUCGUAUCGUUUCCUGCUCGUUCGAUGGAACAAUUCGAAUUUGGGUAGUACCAGACAAGGGAGGCACCAUUUCCUCGCCGAUCGAAGGAGCACUGUCAGACGCUGCGGUCGCCUCAUCCUUCUCCACAGAAGGUGCCAACGAGAGCUUCGCCACCUGGACUUUAGCUGAUAAUGGAUGGGUACUUGGAUCACGAGGUGAACUGCUCCUGUGGCUUCCUCCUGACAUUCGCCCAACGCUGUGGCGGCCUCUGAACACGGCCGUUCUAAGCUGUGAAUUUUCUACAAUGUUGGGUAUCAGAAAUGCUGCAUAUGAUCAGCAUUGGCAGGAAUGUUUCAAGCCUGCUGCAUGA